CUCCCUCUCUCUCUAUCACCGCCUUUCAGAUCUUUAAAAGCUGCUGCUCUGUGCGUUUCUCAGGAUCGUGUCCUCUGGCACUCUGGCUGAACGGAGCACCGAGCAAGGAGAAAAGAGAAGCAGAUCUCCAGAAAUAGCAUCGGCCAAGGAGCACGUACGAACGGCGAAGGAGCAUGGAGUCCCACAGCGCAAAGAUGCCUUUGCUCUUGAACUUGAUGGCUGUUGUCCUGUUGCUCAUCGCUCACUGUGGAUCCUGGACUCUGGCCAGUCGCUUGGGUCCACAUAAGAUCUGCCCGUCCUGCAAAGACUCUCGAGCUUCUCGGGACCCUGUCGGGGCAGCCAACACAGCUGUGCUGGCUUUAGGGGAGCCAUGCGGCGUUUACACGCUGAGCUGUGCCAAGGGCCUGCGCUGCAUGCCUCCACCACGCGACCACAGCCCACUCCAGGCUCUGCUGCAGGGCCGAGGCGUAUGCACCAAGCAGAUCAGGACGAGUCCCACCGAAAAACCCCACCCUACAGGUCCACAUCCUUCCCACAGCGGUGAAAUUGAAAAGGCUCCGUGCCGGAAGCUGCUCAACGCCGUGCUGCGUGGCCUCGAGCUCACUGUUUUCCAGUCCGAUCGUGACAUCUACAUCCCCAACUGCGACACUCGUGGCUACUACAGGAAAAAGCAGUGUCGGUCCUCUAAAGGCAUGCAGCGCGGUCACUGCUGGUGCGUGGACGAAUUAGGCGUCACCCUACCAUCCCAAGCUGGAGACGACGGCACUUUACCGUGUGAUGGAGAGUGAGACGGGGCACGCGGUGCCACAAUUCUGAGCCAGGAGGAAGAAGAGGAAGAGGAGGGGAGGGGCGUAAGGGAGACGGGAGGACAAGCCGCUCGUGCUAGACACUGCCUGGCCAGGAGACACCAGGGGAAAACCACUCAACACGGGAAACACACGCUCUUCGCUCAAACACUCCAUCCACCGCAACAACUGAAGGUUCACGUCACUGCCAUACGCCUCUGCAGGUCCUGCAGUGUGUAAGCACAGAGCCAAUGAGACACUCCAUCACUCCACCCGUGGUAGAUCACUUCGAAACGAGACUCUACACCCUGGCCACUUAGUAGCGUCCAUUUUUCUGUGAUAGCCAUCACUGCCUGUGUCUUGUGUAUCUCUGAGUAGGCCGUAAAUACUGUUAAAGCGGGCGUGGGCGCCAUUUUUCUCUCCGCCUCCCCUGCCAUCCCCUCUCCCUCUCUCCAAAGAUACACUGACUAAAUUAACAUGUACGAAAGCAAAUUAUGCCUUUACAUUUAAUUUAUUCCGGAGUAUUAUUGUAUUUCCUUGGAGACGUUCAUGUAUUUCAUGUAACCAAGACAUCAACUCUGCCGUGUGUGCACGUGAUUUGGGAAAACAUUCAGUCCUUUCUGUUGUGACAGUCUGAGCAUUAAUACAUACAUUGUUUGUACAUAAAUCCUUUUUUUUUUUUUGUGGUUGCCAUUGGGUGAUAGGUUCUUGAAAGCUGAUGGCUAUUACUCUAUCUGAAAAGGCAUAUUUUUAUAUACUUCAAUAUAAUAUUUUAUAUAUAGAUUGAUGCUUUAUUUAAAGAACUACAAUACCAUGUAUUUUUAUAUUGUCAACAUUGUUUUUUUUUUUCAUUGUCAAGUUUAAUUUCAUGCUGAAAGUGAACACCGGGCUUUGAUGGCACAUUUUAGGAAUUAAAAAAUAAAUAAAUAACACACCCUUCAGAUAUAUUGUACUACUAUACAUGUUUUAGCAAUUAUUCUUUCAUUUCCUGAACUGUAAUAUUUAUGUUGAUCAUUCAGAAUUGGUAUAUGUUCCGAUUGUCAUUCCAAAAAAAUAUGGAUAUCUAUUUUCUCACUCCAAAAUGCACAGAGAAAAAAAUGCUGAAAAUGAAAGUGCACAAACAUUCAUACUUCUCUUGUUGUAUCGGUGUGUGUGCCAGUGAUCGCAGGAGGCUCUGCAAAGCCGCAAAGUACAAGAACUUUAAAAAAAAAUAAAGAACAAAUAGCUAUAUUACUAUUAUAAGUAACAAUGUACUGUGUCUUAUUCGAAAGCUCCAUUAAAAUGAAACUAAAUGUAAGGUGCAUAUAUAAUGUUUGCCUCAGAUUUAUGAUUAAUAUUGGACAGAUUGAAGUGGUUUAUUUUCCUAUAACAGCAUAUCUUGAGGUGUUUUAUUCCUCUUAUCCACAGCAUUUUCCCUAAACUGACAAUUGCUUGUUAAUUUUAUUCAUUAAAGUAUGAAGAUGUUAUUCACCAAAUAAGAAAAUUAUUAGUGUGGGCAAAUUGCCAUGGUCUAAGAGGAAUAAAUCUGUUUAUUAUUACAUUUAAUGUUGUGGAAUGUCCGCGAAACAAUUAGUUCCUUUAAUGACCUACGUUAUAAUGGCUAUAUAACAUCCCAUCACCAGCAUUUCUUGCAUGUUACCAAGAAACUGCAGAACACAAAGUCUUCUGACCUAUAGACUUUCCCGUGUAGGGGGAAAAAAGUUACAGCUUUACCCCUGACUGUUACAAAGCACUGAAACUGGAGGCUCAUUCCAUAAAUGCUAGAUAAAUGUCU